AUGUGGAGCUCCGUGGUGUUUGUCUCUCUCAUCCUCCUCCUCCUGGCUACCAGAGCUUAUGGACUUGGGAGGCUGGACAUGCAGCUCCACACAGCACAACAUCAACAACUGCAGAAGAAGGUCGAUAGCCAGAAGGAGGAGAUACUACCGGAUGACUUUACGUGGCGACGACCACCAUCAUCACCUUCCGGUCGGCGGCCGGCGGGCGUGCGCGACGACGCAUCCGACAGCCGAAACGGCUUAGGCGGCAGCACCACACCGGAGCAUCGCCUGACGACGAGCACGGGACGUGCUGCUGAGAAGGACGGAGAGAUGAAGAAGAGGAUGAGGACUCAUCGUGGGCCCCGUGGGGUGGUGGCGCCCAGAUUAAUCCACGAAGAUUACGUCGGGCCCAGCGGUCAUUCACCCAACCACCACCGGGCAAUACCAUGCGGCCCAUGCAAGCAUUGA